CCAGAUAUCCUUCUUCGAUUCAACGCCGACGCCGUCAACCACAUCUCCUCCCCUCUUCGAUCGGGCAACGGCGACCAAGUCCAAUUGACGUUGCUCCGUUCUUCUUCACUAGCAGUCGACGGCGACCCUAGCAACGACGUCGACUCAGGCAGCAGCGGCGGCGGCAGAGGGGUCUCCUUUCCCCUCUCGGUUUCCGGCGUGGACCAGCGACGAACCAACAACACUCCGGCUCGUGCAACGGUGGCGACCAUGGACCUUGGCAGCGGUGGUCGUGAGGUGACUCUGGUUACAACAAACCAGCGAGGCGACUCUUCCCUGCGAAUUCCGGCGAUUAAACAGCGGCGGUGCUCCGGCGAGUGACCUCCAUCGACCGGCAAAGUCUAGUCCUUGAUUGACUGAGUUCGGGCAGCAUGUCGAUCCGGCCAGCAGGGGCAUUUUCAACGACCAAUUCGGGUGACCGGCUCCGAGUGAUGUUCCUUGGAAUUGAAUCGAAGCAACGAGGUGGUUGUGGAAGAUUGAUUCUUGAAUCCAUCCCGGAGAGCAGCAUGAUGGAGGAGAUGUACGAAUGCAGGGAUUUAAUGUUUGAUUUAUUUAUAAGGCUUCCGCACUGUUUGUAUAAACUCCGAUGUGUAUUUAAAAUAUUUUAAGUGGUUUGAGUUUCAAAUUAAUUGUUUUAAAUUUAUUGGAAAAUAUUGUAUGAUGAUACCAAUCUAGUAGCAACCCGGUUCGCUAACCUAUUUAUCGGGUUAUGCGGGUUGGGGUGUUACAGGAAGGCAAUCUACAAAUUAUUCCAUGAUAACAAGCAUGCUCGAGCGAUGCAAUUGGAGCAUCGCUUCCGCACCACCGUCAAAGGCACAAAGACAAUAAAUGAAUAUUGUCAUACUCUCAAGAAUCUCACCGACUACCUUGACGACGUGGAUGCUCCAGUGACAGAACACGCGCUUGUUCUCCAAGUUCUUCAAGGCUUGCCGCAUGACAUCCGGGGUCAGGUUCAUUUUUUGCAGUAUCAAAACCCGUUCCCGACAUUCCUGGAGGUCCGAUCUGCCCUCCUCUUGGUCGAACAGCAGCAGGCCGACGCCCUCUCCAAUGCCGGCCCGUCCACCGCCCUCCUCAGCUUCAACGGCGGCGGCGGCAGUCCUUCGGCGGGCGGGGGUCAGUCGCGGCAGGGCAGCAGCGGUCAGUCCUCAGGGCGCGGCAGCUUCGGCAGUUCCAAUCGGGGCAACUCUAGCGGCUAUCGAGGGCACGGACGUGGACGUGGACCGCCGACUCAGGUACUUUAUCUCAUGUAUUUUCUUCAAACAUUAAUUCACCUUCUCAUACUAUUGUAGGCAAUGGACGCAAAGCAUUGACGAGAAGAAUCUUGUUAUUGACACCACGCAAAAUACUUAAGCUAGGUAAGGCAUACGACACACUUCCAAAGAUAUGACGACUAAGGUACGCCGUACUCUGGACGAGACUGUAUAUCGAUAAUCACCGAUGCGUAGAACUGGCAAACCUGACACGAAAGAGUACGAAUGAUGAUGAUCGCACGACGACGAUGAAUGACAAUCGUAUAGUGCAGACGAGUGCAGCGUGUGACGGUUAGACAACGGAUACAAAAUCUUAAUAAGUGAUUGACAUCACGCAAGCUGAUGAACGGAUUGUACCGAGCAACUACGAGACACGGAUAACACGUACAUGGAUGACGGUCGCUGUGACUUCUGAUUAGGUACCUUUGACUUGAAAAAAAACGAACUCGCCAAUGAUAGAUGAAUGACGAUGAAACUUGUUCCGCAAAAAAAAAGCCGACAACUA